AUGGACACCACCCAAAAGAAAAAGUUACUCGUCUUAAAGCAGCUUGGUGAGUUUAAAAUCCAGGUCAAAACUCCGUUAACCUCUAAUAGAUCAGAGGGAGUCAUUUAUGGUGUAAGCACUGAACUUUCCGAUAAAGAUCUGGUAGAGAGUCUCAGUGAAGAGGGGGUCACAAGAGCUACUCGUAUGAAGGGCCGUCAGUACGACAGUGACAAAAACAGCACCACUGUCCGACUGACCUUCAGUACAAAAGAUAUACCGGAGCGAGUAGCCGUUGGCUACAGAACUUUUAAAGUAAAACUGUACGUUCCACCUCCACUAAGGUGUUACAAGUGUAACCGGUACGGGCAUAUAGCUGCCCGCUGUAAAGGGGCAUUACGAUGCCAGAAGUGUGGGGGAGACCACAAAGUGGUCGAUUGUAAGUCCGAGGACUUAAAAUGUGUAAACUGUGGAGGGGCACACAGUGCCGCCUACGGGGGUUGUACGGCCAGGAAAAAGGCUGUAGACAUUGUAAAAAUACAGGUGACAGAACAUUGUUCACGUCGAGAGGCGGUACAAGAAUAUAAAAAAAAAUCGUAUGCACAGUCAGUCUCCGAAAACACACCGGAAACAAUUAACCCCGUACCGUACUCCGGGGUAGCUGAUUUCAACAUCCCUAAAAGUCAGCCCGACCAUCCGUCCGUCCGUCCGUCAGUUACUGUCCCACAGGAACCUGUGGUGACAGUACCUAUCAAAAAGCUACUACAGUUAGCAGUUUCUGUCAUCGCCAAAAUCAAUGAAGGUUCUAGUUGGACAGAAAUACUUAUAUAUGUACUUAGUCAAGCUGAAACCAUAUUUGGAGUCAAGCUCGACAGCACAAUGUUACCCGAUACACUCGUGAAAUAA